AUGGCGGGAAUCAACAAUGGCGACGAGAAGCUCAUUUUUGAGUCUUCAGAGUCGGUAACAGUCGUACUCGAAGCUCUCAACCUCAAGGAAGACCUUCUUCGCGGUAUCUAUGCCUACAACUUCGAGAAGCCCUCUGCGAUCCAGCAGCGAGCUAUCAUCCCCAUCAUGCGGGGUCGAGACGUCAUUGCUCAAGCCCAAUCUGGUACCGGUAAAACCGCGACCUUCUCCAUCUCCGCCCUCCAGUCCAUCGACAACAAUAUCCGCGAGACGCAGGCGCUCAUCCUCUCGCCCACCCGUGAACUGGCCGUCCAGAUCCAAACGGUCGUCCUCGCGCUCGGCGACUACUCGAACGUCUCGUGCCACGCGUGUAUCGGCGGUACAAGUGUCGGCGAGGACAUCCGCAAGCUUGAGGCGGGACAGCAGGUCGUAUCUGGAACGCCGGGACGGGUGUUUGAUAUGAUUCGGCGCAGAAAUUUGCGCACCAAGGAAAUCAAGAUGUUGAUUCUGGAUGAGGCGGAUGAGCUGCUCAACAAGGGGUUCAAGGAUCAGAUCUACGAUAUCUACCGGUACCUCCCGCCCGCGACGCAGGUCGUCGUCGUCUCGGCCACCCUCCCGCACGACGUGCUCGAGAUGACCACCAAGUUCAUGACUGACCCCAUCCGGAUCCUCGUCAAGCGUGACGAGUUGACCCUCGAGGGGAUCAAGCAGUUCUUUGUCGCCGUAGAGAAGGAGGACUGGAAGUUUGACACUCUUUGCGAUCUCUACGAUACUCUCACCAUCACCCAAGCCGUCAUCUUUUGCAACACUCGUCGGAAGGUCGACUGGCUCACCGAGAAGAUGCGGGAGGCCAACUUUACCGUCUCGUCCCUGCAUGGAGAGCACCAGCAGAAGGAACGUGACUUUAUCAUGACAGAAUUCCGGGGUGGGAAGUCCAGGGUGCUUAUUACAACUGAUAUCUGGAGUCGUGGAAUUGACGUCCAACAAGUCUCCUUGGUCAUCAACUAUGACCUGCCCAUAAACAGAGAAGCGUAUCUUCACCGCAUCGGCCGGUCAGGGAGGUUCGGCCGCAAGGGUGUCGCGAUCAACUUUGUUACAGUCGAAGAUGUCCGGAUCCUCCGCGAUAUCGAACAGUACUACUCGUGUCAGAUCGACGAGAUGCCGAUGUCUAUCGCGGAGAUUGCCUAG